AUGAGUAAUAAUAACUCCGCUGGAAAUGGUAACAAUCGUCGAUCCCAACAAGUGGAUUGGAAUCGUUUUGGUUUAAGUCCGGACGAUGAUGGUGAAGUGGUGGUGGCAAACUUUCGCCAAAGGGCCGCCAAUACGGGAGGAUUUGUGGAUUUGGGUAAUGAACACACAUAUGCCUCGGGAGGCCAUCAGGCCUCUGGGGCAAAUGAGAUAUUUGCCCAGGUGCAGGGUGAUAAGCCAUGGUGGCGUUCCAAUUUCUUUAUAUCCCAACCGGUGUUAUUCGGCACCUGGGAUGGUGUCUUCACCUCCUGUUUGAUUAAUGUCUUUGGUGUUAUUGUUUUCUUGCGUUCCGGCUGGAUUGUGGCCCAGGCGGGUAUUUUAAAUGCCCUCUUGAUUAUAUUUUGCACUGUGGUAAUUGCCUUGGUGUCAGUCUUGUCCGCCGUGGGCAUUUGUGAAAGAUGUCGUGUGGAAAGUGGUGGUGUUUAUUUCCUAAUAGCCCAUACAUUGGGUUCACGAUUUGGUGGCUCAUUGGGUCUGCUAUAUUGUUUCGGGCAGGCUGUCGGCUGUGCUCUAAAUGUCAUGGGUUUUGGUGAAUCUAUGGCAGGAUUGGUUGGCCUGGAGGGCAAUAAAUGGGCUAUACGUGGAUUUGCUGCCGCUGCUGUUAUUCUACUGGGGUGCAUCAAUGUGGCUGGGGUUAAAUGGGUCAUCAAACUGCAAUUUAUAUUGUUGAUGAUUCUCUUGAUUUCCGCCUUGGAUUUCAUGGUGGGCAGUUUCAUUGGGGAGGAUCCACAAAACGGUUUCGAUGGCUGGGUCAGCAGCAACUUUGUUGAGAAUCUUUGGCCGAAGUAUGAGGAUGGCUAUUCAUGGUUUAGAGUAUUUGGUGUAUUCUUUCCCACGGUUACUGGUGUAUUGUCUGGCAUUAAUAUGAGCGGUGAUUUGAGAGCACCCUCCACGGACAUACCCAAUGGUACCUUGGCGGCUUUUGGUACCUCCACCUUCCUCUACACCGUCUUCAUUUUAUUCCUUGGAGCCACCUGCCAACGUGCAACUUUGCUAACCGAUUUCAUGAUUUCCGUUAAGGUAUCGGCAGUGCAAUUUCUAUUAUUGGCUGGUAUUUAUGUUUCCAGUAUGUCCUCGUGUUUGGGUGCCAUGUAUGGUACUCCUCGAGUCCUGCAAUCCAUUGCUAAGGAGAGUGUUAUCCCCGGCAUUGAUAUUUUGGCAAAGGGGCGUGGUCCCAACAAAGUCCCCCUCUAUGCCAUGGGUGUGGUGGCCGUGGUCACGGUCUCCUUUAUUAUUGUGGGUGACAUUAAUUUCUUGGCACCCAUUGUGACAAUGCCCUUCCUGCUUACCUAUGCCUGUAUUGAUUAUUCAUAUUUCGCCUUGGCUCAAACCUUCGAUAUACAAGAACAACGAGAGGAGCGUUUUCGUAUACAGGCUUCCUCGCCUUCAUAUGAAACGCGGCGUUACGGGGCCACCCAAGAUGAUAAUGAUUUAGAUUUAUUAUUCCCUGAUCGGGUGCGUCAUAAAAAUUUACAAAGUCCACAAAAUUCACCGCUACAUGUGCCUUCAACAACGAAUAAUAGUAAUAAUUUAGAAAUGCAACAACAACAACAACACCAACAAAAUGGUGGUCUAAAUAAUGUGGAUGCCGCCUCAACAUCGGCCUCAACACCCGUUUUCCAAGAGGCCAUAAAUAGUACAAAUGCCGAUGGUAAUCUAGAGGCUGUCACCACUUUGGACAAUGAAGAUGAGGAGCCAAUUGCACCGAUUAGACCGCCCAUCCAUUCGAAAACUAAAAAUUGGUAUUCGGGUUAUUGUAAUCGUUGGGCUUCGCUGUUGGGGGCCUUUACCAAGUUGUUGGUCAUGUUGCUGGUUAACUGGUAUUAUGCCCUAACCUGUUUCCUGGUGGUCUUUGUGGUUUGGUUUUAUGUGGGCACAGCCAAUCCGGCCGUAAAACCCGGACUCACGGCUGAAUUCAAUUUCUUUGCCUGGCUGAAAAGUGUUAUAUUCCGAUGCUUUGGCAAACGCAUGCAUGAAUAUGAACAAAUUGUGGUUACACCCUCCUGCCCGGGGGUGGAUCUAUCACCCACCCAAAUGAACGAAGACAAUGAAGACUUUUCCCAGAGGCGAAGAUAUCAUCAAUCGUCGUUAAUCGAAGGCCACCUAGUUAAUGAUAUAUAAAUAGAAU